AUGAUGCUGGCUGUUGUCACUCUGCUGCUGGGACUAUCCGCCUCUGCUGCCUCAGCGGAGUGGAGGCGUCCUGUGAUCAAGUUUAACUCCAAAGUGCUGACGCGUCCUGAGGUGGUGGUGAGGCUGGGCUCGCCCCUGGACCUGCGCUGUGAGGGCAACGGGCCGGUGAACUGGAGGCCUCGACUGUCCAAGCACCGGCGCUACAUCUCCAGACUGAAGGGCAGUGUCCAGACUCUGCGGGUGGACCGUCCCUCUGCUGAGUUCACAGGGACCUACGUUUGUUAUUACACCAGCGGACCACAGCAGCGAGACCUCACCGCCUCUGUGCACGUGUAUGUCAGAGAUCCUAACAGAGUGUUUUGGGCAAGCAGCAACUUACUUCGUAUUGUGAAAAAGGAGGGAGAGGACUUCAUGUUGCCCUGUCUCUUGACUGACCCCUCGGCCACAGACGUAGGUCUCCGCAUGGACAACGGCACCACUGUCCCUCCAGGAAUGAACUAUACAGUGUACAAGCACCGUGGCAUUCUCAUUCACAACCUCCACCCCAGCUUCAACGCCGACUAUGUGUGCACAGCCAGAGUCAACGGAGUAGAGAAGACCUCCAGGGUCUUUUCCAUCAAUGUGAUCCAAAAGCUUCGCUUCCCUCCAUAUGUCUUCUUGGACACUGAUGAAUACAUCCGCAUUGUUGGGGAGGAACUUAAGAUUCAUUGCACCACACACAACCCCAACUUCAAUUAUAAUGUUACCUGGAAAUACACAACUAAAUCAAAGCCGAUUAUUGAGGAAACGGUUAAAUCAAGUGGAGAAAACAGACUGGACAUCCAAAGCACAUUGACCAUUUCAUCAGUGGACCUCACUGAUACAGGGAACAUUUCUUGUAUCGGCACCAAUGAGGCUGGAGUGAACAGCACAACCACAUACCUGCUGGUAGUAGACAAACCCUACAUAAGACUACAACCCCAACUCUCCCCGAAAUUGGCCAAACGUGGUUUGUCUGUGGAGGUGAAUGAGGGCGAGGACCUGGAGCUCAGCGUGGUUGUAGAAGCGUACCCUCACAUUACGGAGCACAAGUGGGUCACGCCAACCACCCCCAACUCUUCCACACAGGAGAACAAGUUCAUACGAUACAACAACAGGUACUAUGCUAGUCUGCAACUCAAACGAAUGAACGCUCAUGAACAGGGCCAGUACACAUUCUACGCUGAGAACAACUUGGCCAACGCAUCGAUCACAUUCCAAGUUCAAAUGUAUCAGAGACCUAUUGCUGUGGUUCGAUGGGAAAAUGUCACUACACUCACUUGCACGUCUUUUGGGUACCCGGCCCCUAGAAUCAUUUGGUACCAGUGCUUUGGGAUCAGGCCCACUAACCGGUGUAAGGAGAAUAACUCGAGCACACAGAUGCCCGUCCCGUUGCAGGCGCCCACCGUAGAGGUGCAGAGGGAGGAGUACGGGGCGGUGGAGGUGGAGAGCGUGCUGACCGUGGGGCCGUCCAAUCGCAGGAUGACCGUGGAGUGUGUGGCCUUCAAUGUCGUGGGCGUGAGCAGCGAUACUUUUGCCAUGGAGGUGUCUGAUAAGCUCUUCACGUCUACUUUGUUCGGAGCUGGAGGAUUUCUGUCUGUGCUGCUCGUGCUUCUGGUGUUUCUUCUUUACAAGUAUAAACAGAAACCUCGGUAUGAAAUUCGAUGGAAGAUAAUAGAAGCAAGUGAUGGAAACAACUACACCUUUAUCGAUCCCACUCAGCUGCCAUACAACGAGAAGUGGGAGUUUCCACGAGACAAGCUCAAACUAGGAAAGAUUCUGGGCGCUGGUGCUUUUGGAAAAGUUGUUGAAGCCACAGCCUACGGUCUUGGAAAACAGGACAAUGUGACACGUGUGGCUGUGAAAAUGUUAAAAGCCAGUGCUCAUUCGGAUGAAAGAGAAGCUUUAAUGUCUGAACUGAAGAUCCUCAGCCAUUUGGGACACCACAAGAACAUCGUCAACCUGCUGGGAGCCUGCACAUACGGAGGUCCUGUGUUUGUUAUCACGGAAUACUGCAGUCUCGGUGACCUGCUAAACUUUCUGCGACACAAGGCAGAGACAUUUAUGAACUUUGUGAUGAACAUCCCUGAGAUUGUGGAAAACGACUACAAGAACAUCUGUAACCAGAAGCAUUUUAUUAGAAGCUUUGGGAUCCAUGCGCACAUUCAAGGCAAGGAAAGUGACAGUGGGAUCUCCAGCACUUCAUCAGGCAGCUAUUUAGAAAUGAGGCCGGCACUUCUACCAAACAGCACAACUCAAGCUCAAGACACUGAAUCAAACGUUGAUUGGUUGUUCGACAUAGACGACCUGCUCCGCUUCUCCCUUCAGGUGGCUCAGGGUUUGGAGUUUCUUGCAAGUAAAAAUUGUAUUCAUCGAGACGUAGCAGCCAGGAAUGUUCUCCUAACGGGCCGUAAAGAGGCCAAGAUCUGUGACUUUGGUCUGGCUCGUGACAUCAUGAAUGACUCAAACUACGUGGUGAAAGGAAAUGCCCGCUUACCUGUCAAGUGGAUGGCCCCUGAGAGUAUUUUUGAGUGUGUCUACACUGUUCAAAGUGACGUCUGGUCCUAUGGCAUCCUCUUAUGGGAGAUCUUCUCACUAGGGAAGAGCCCAUAUCCUAAUAUUGCAGUGGACUCGAGGUUCUAUAAAAUGGUGAAGCGAGGAUACCAGAUGUCCCAGCCAGACUUUGCCCCACCAGAGAUGUAUAUGAUCAUGAAGAUGUGCUGGAAUCUGGAACCCACACAGCGGCCCACUUUCACCAAGAUCAGUUCCAUGAUAGAGAGGUUAUUGGGUCGUCCCACACAACAGAGUCAGCAGCAGCAGGAGGAGCAGCAGUAUUGGCAGCAGGGGCAGCAAAUCUACGAAAAUGUUCGGCAGCCGCAGCCACAGCCGCAAGAGAAUGAGGAGAGCAGCGAGGUCAGCGAGGGCAGGGAAGGCGAGGAGUGUGACCUGCCCAAAUGCUGCUGCCAUGGCCCCUGUGACCAGUCUUGUGACCGUGAGGAAGAGGAGCAGCCUCUGAUGAAGACCAACACCUACCAGUGA